AUGGUUACCCGCUACGAGUACAAGGAAUAUAUCCUUAACAAGGUGCAGAAGGAGUUGAAUAUCAACACUGCUACUCCCAAGGAGAUUUCUGCCUUCAAGGCUCAUGAGCGCGAUGUUACGAAAGUCCAUUGCAUCAUGCUUGUGACCAUGACCGCAGAACUCCAGAAGUCCUACGAGGACUACUAUCCCUACGAAAUGAGUCAAGAUUUGAUGGAUAGGUACCAUCAAAUCACAAGGUGGGAUAGGUACGAGAUCAUCACUUCAAUGAUCAUGACCAAGAUGAGAGAUGGAGAGUCUGUCACUGCUCAUCUACAGAAAAUGCAAAGAUAUGUUGAUCGCCUGCAGAAGUUUAAUGUUAACUUUAAUGAGGAGUUGGCGAUUGAUAUCAUUCUUCAAUCCUUACCUCCUUUCUACAACCAGUUCCGCAUGACCUACCACAUGAACAAAGAGGAGGUCAUGUUGAGCAAGCAUCAAGGUCUGUUGAGAACUGCUGAGAGCAACCUCAAGGACAAAUCUAUUGCGUCAACUCCUACUGCCGCCCCCGUCAUGGCUAUUGGGCAGGGGGAGGGUAAGAAGAGGAAGGAUCAUUCCAAGAGCCACCAUAAGGGAUAG